AUGGCUACAGCUACGACCGAAGCGCGCCCGUUGCGCAUAAAGCUCACUAAAGCCGUGACACAGAAAAAGGACGAAGAUCUCGCACGGCUAUUGCAGGACGAAGACUCGAGCCGGCGCAACGACGAGAAUGACCUUCGUGCGCUGCUGAGUAAGGCCAUUAGCAUUGGGUACGAGCAUGGCGUCAAAUUGCUCUUGGAUGCUGGUGCGAAAACCGACGUUGUCGGGAACCAUGGCCCGCUCCAAAAUGCCAUCGCCAGCGCCAACGACAAGACGAGGAAUGCAAUCAUCACGCUGCUCCUCGAUCGAGGCUGCGAGCUCGAAGCCAAAGAUGCGACUGGGAGGACACCGCUGAUGGCCGCGUGUCUACGGGGCCAAAGCGAUGUCAUUCUCACCUUGCUCGCACGUGGGGCUGAUCCCAAUCUCGAAGACGCGACUGGCAAGAACUGCUUGCAAAUCAUGGCCUCCGAGUCUAAGCGCAAAACAGACUGGAGCCCAGAGGCCUUGUCUGCGCUGUUGCCGAAGUUCAAAGACCUCAACAAACGAGACAGCCACGGCCGCGAAGGCCGAACACCUCUGUUGUGGGCUGCCGCACGGAACCAGCUGACACUUGUCGAUGCAUUACUGAAAAUGGGCAAGGGCGUGGCCGAUAUCAAUCAAAGCAACGACCAAGGUCACUCGGCGCUUCAUCUCGCAGCAAGACAUGACGAGCCUGAGAUGAUCAAGCUGCUCAUAUUCAUGGGUGCUAGAAUUGAGGCCAGAAGCGACGGUGACUGGACCCCGUUGCUGAUGGCUGCAAAGGAAGGCAACGAGAAGGCAAUAGAUGCUCUGCUGACUUCCAAAGCGAAUGUCAAUGCUAGGACCUCUUCUGGAAUGACCUCGCUGCAUUGGGCAGCAGACAGCGGCAAAUUGGCCGCGUUAAACCGACUCCUCAGAGAACCAGAUGCCCUCACGAAUAGCAAGGACAGUUUCGACAGCACGCCUCUCAUCCGUGCCGCUCAGAAUGGCCAUUGGGAUAUCGUCAAUGCGCUUCGUCCGUACGUGCUAAAGGGUCCUACGAACCGUAUCGCGAGAAAGGCCUGCGAACGCUUCCGCGCAGCUGUGGUAAAUUUCUUCGAGGACAAGGACGGGCGAGGGAACGUUAAGCACAAGAACAAGGUUAACAAGCAGACCGUUUGGCAGAUUGUGUAUGCCCGAAACCAGAACAAUCCAGAGAAGCCCGCUAUCCCCAUAGCUCUCGACCAGGUCGAGGGCAAAAAGCCCUCAUUUCGUUGGAUUCACCUUCCCGCAAACAACAUCUCCUGGCUCGAAGCUCUACUCACAAGAUACUACCUAGAGAGCGACACUAAGGAUGUGACCGCCCUGAAGAGUCUUCUCCGCUUGCUUGGAAGACAGCAACACCGUGGCUCCGAAAUUCACUCGCGCUUUAUGCGUCCUUCCUGCAAACGUAUAUGGAUCCCACCAAGACAAGCAUCCGAGCAGACGCAAGCGACACCCCAGAAACUGUCACACCAAAACAAUCGUAGAGCAGCACCUUCAACACCGCCUCCACCGCCAUCUGCUCGAUCGACGGCACCGGCGGCGGCGCAAAGCCAACAGGAGGACGACAUGAUGGUCUUGUUUAUGCCCUAUCUCCACUGGGAAACUGACCGAAAUCGUACUUCACUCACCCAGUCUUUACGCGCGCCGGCGGGGAACACAGACUCUCUUGACGAUUCGGAACUCUCCAGGAUCGCAAAGGACAUCUUGCUCAUCCACGGCUACGUUUCAGGUUCGACGGAUCUGCAUCCUCGUCGCACACUGGACCAGUUCAAACAUCAUAGUACCAAGACAGACCACCAGGACGCCGACCAGGUGGUAUAUCGAUACUGCAAGAAACGCAGAAAAGAGCUCAAAGUCUUCAUGGUGGAUCAGUUGUGGAUGAUCAGCAUCGGCAACCUGCUGAUUUCGUGUUUUCCAGAACGCUGGAAACAGCCACACCGCGACCCUUUGAACCUGUUUGAGGGAGUUGUUGAAGACAUCAAUUCAUCGACGCGUCCACCAGUGCGCAACGUCUUCGAACUCGCCACCGUCAUUACCGAGCGGUGCACAGGUCUCUUUGACCGGCAACAGUGGGACAAUGACGACCUUCUCUUUGCCGAAAUGUUCGAAUUAAGCAUCGGCCGCCUGACGAGGAAAGAAACGAAGCUGUUCCGACGGUUCAAGGAAGCUUCGUCCCACUGGCUACGAUCCCACGAGGGCGGUGGUAACGUCCUGUACGAUUCACGCAUGGGUCUCCUCGACCAAGAAGACGACGAUCACUCCUCAGACUGGUCAUCCGAUGAGCUCCACGACCACCACCACCACCAACACCACCAUGACGGUAAUAGUAUCCGUCACGCGCACCGCGGUACUGUGCCCGCCAGCGAUACCACCACCGCCCACAGGCACCAACAGAUGUCUGGCUCAUUCGACAAUGAUCUUCUCAACAUUGACAAGGAAGCAGCAUUGCUUGUAGAGUGCAAGGAUGUCGAAGACGAACUGGACAUUCUGACCAGCGUGCUGCACCAGCAACAACAAGUCCUGAACGACUUUGACGCCACCUUGCGCACCGCGAAGAGAUUACACCAUCGUCUCGAUCUGUACAACAAAGUCGGAGAGCAACGACGGCUCGUCGACCUCGACAUUUUGGACCUCGGCCGGAUGACGCGCCAGGCAAAGAGCGUCAAUGACAAUCUCACGCAGGUGCUGGAUCUCAAGCAGAAGCACGCCAACGCCCUCGAGGCGAGGUUCCAGCGCAAACAGGCCGAAGAGUCGGUCCGACAAGGACAGACCAUCAUGGUCUUCACCAUUGUGACGAUUGUGUUCCUGCCGCUGAGCUUCCUGGCCAGUUUCUUCACCAUCAACAUUGCCGAAUUCCCUCGACCUCCCGGCAGCCAGGAAGGAAACCUCCAUCUCGGAUGGGUGGUCAAGUGGAUUCUUGGCAUCGGGUUCGCGCUGAGUGUGCCUUUGAUCGGGCUGGCGUUUGUCGUCGGCGACGUGCAGACCUGGUGGGUGAAUCGCAAACUCGACAGGCACCGUCGGCGCAAGGAGAAGGAGGAUGCGAUGAUGAUGACGCGCAUGGACAUGGGCCCCGGCUCAGGGGGCGUCUAUGGACAUCAUAUUCACAGUACACCGGACACGAGUCGAGGGGAGAGAAGACUUAGUGGUGGUGGUGGUGGUGGAGUGGAUUGGCUCACGGGGAUCAUCAUGAGGCAGCGCAACGUUCCACGUCCGUGGCGGCGAGGAGGCGGCGGCGUUGGGAAUCGUCAUUUAGGCUUACCCGUCUCGAGGCAGCGUCCGAUUGAUGGUUUUGACGAAUCUAAUAGAGAAGGAUACAUUGAGAGGGCGACACAGCAGCAGCAGCAGCAGCAAGCAUACCGAGCGAAUGGGGCUUGGGAUGGUGCAGCAGCUGCGACUUCUCGGGCUUCCCACCUCGAUCAACGUUAUUAUCAUCAGCACCAGCAGCACCCGCGACACGACCAGCCGGAUGCUGUGUCUGGUCUCGGCCUGUACCAGCAGCAGCAAGGUCGACAGGCCAUGUCGUCAAUGGAGUCAAGCAGGCACGGAGGCAAUCGGUUUCCCAGACGCUUGCGACGCGUCGGCACAGAGACAACGGAGAGGUCGGCCGCCACUGAGGAUUUGGAAGUCGGCAGCGGCGGCGGCGGAUACGGAAAUUGA